UUUCUUUUCAUUUAUUUAAACGAUCAUAAAAAUUGGAGAAGAUUUUCAUUAGAAAACCAUUUCCAACAUGUCACAUUUCAGAGUUGCGUAAAGAAGAUGAAGCCAUUUGUUUUUGUCAUAACCUUCUGCGUCAUGGCUCCUGUGGGCUACAGUCAGCUUUUUGGUCCUCCUGGUCCUCAAGGCCCACCUGGGUCACCUGGAGAACCCGGGGCAGCUGGAGAACCUGGAGAACAAGGACCGAAAGGCUUGAAAGGGGAACGGGGUGCACGAGGGCCUCCAGGACCACAUGGAUAUCCAGGACCUUCUGGGCGAAUCGGCAAACCUGGACUACCCGGCCCACCUGGAACUAUUAUAAUGUGUGGACGAGAUCCUAUUGGCUCUUUUUACAGCGAUACUGAAAAGCUAAUGAAGAGAAUUGCCAAGUUUAAACUUGCUAUAAACUAUGAUUUUGUCCAAAUGGUUGAUCAAAAAUACUUUGUCUCCAACAAGCACAGAGGCAGUUUCUCAGAGGCUGUAGUGUUUUGCAGCCAACGUGGUUUAGAGCUGGCGUUGCCACAGAACGAGGAGGAGAACAACGCACUGACUCAAGUUCAUGGCAAAUUCAGAGCCAAAGCCUGGAUCAAUGUGAACAAUAAAAAAGCUGAGGGGGAGUUUAAAACUGACAUGAAAAAUCGACCUCUGACCUUUAACAAUUGGGGAAAAGGGCAGCCAGACAAAUCCAUUGAGGAUACAGGCUGCACAAUGCUGUCAGAAAACGGUUCCUGGCAAGUGACACAUGAAUGUUCUCUCAAUGUCCACAUCAUUUGUCAGUUAUAGAAAUGUCUCAUGAAAAGAACUACAACACCGCCCCCCCCCCAAAACAAACAAACAAAAAUCCCACAUUUAUGUGUUUAUGUGUAUUUUCAGCUUUGCAUGCUUAAUCUAACUCUGUUUCAGCCUCUUGUGUGUGAUGGCAACCAAAGAUUAUGUAAUGCCAAAAGUGACACAGCAAUGAAAUAAGAUCAAAAUGAUCCUCAUGUUCCUUAUUUAGACAUGAUACCUUUAUGUUUAAUUUACAUCAGUUCAUCUAAAUCAUCUGUUAAUGCAGGGUCUCUCAACAUUAGAAAAACUACUUCAUGGGCUAAAUUUUUCAACUUUCGUUUUACAAAAUAUUUAUUUUUGCCUAAGCAUAUUCAUAAAUACACUAUAUUGCUAAAAGUAUUCCCUCACCCAUCCAAAUCAGUGGAUUAAGGU